AUGGCAGGCGGACGCAUGAAAUAUCGCCAUCUUGGCCGCACCUCUUCGCAUCGUCAAGCGCUCCUCAGAAACCUGGUCACUUCCCUCUUCACCCAUGAAUCCAUCUCAACUACAUAUCCCAAAGCGAAGGAAGCGCAGAGAUUAGCAGAACAUUUGAUUACAUUAGGGAAGAAAAACACCGAGGCUUCGAAGAGAAAGGCAUUGAGUAUAUUUUUUACCCCCCACGAUCUCCUCCCCAAACUUUUCGGACCCCUCCGCGAGCGAUAUGCUUCGCGCCCUGGAGGCUACACUCGUGUUCUCCGUAUCGAGCCUCUGAAAGAAGACCAAGCACCCUCCGCUAUUCUUGAGCUCGUCGAUGGUCCCAAGGAUACCCGCUGGGCGAUGACCGCCCGAACCGUUGCGCGAUUCCGUAAAGAGAAAAUCCCAAUGAAUGAUAUUACCGAGAGGAAUAUUGAGAAAGUAACGCAGUUUCGCGAGGGGGGAGAAGAGGCGUUCGAGAGAUUUGUGUCGAGGGUAGGAAAAUUGGGGUUGGGCAGGGACAAGAAGAGAAUGGAUGUGCCGUUUGAUGGGACAGGGGAGGAGGGAGUGUUGGAGGGGAAGAAGAAGAGGGAGAGGAGGUGGGGUGGUUUUAUUUAG